AUGAAUGAAGACGACACAAAUGUGGAAUCAAUGUUUAUCGAUCACGGCUUCGAUGAAAGGUAUAACAUUGAUUCAUUCGAAGACAUUGAGAUGAUUGAAUUUUGGAACAUCAGAGAUGAAGACGUAUGCCACUUUUACUUUUCUGAUGUCGAAACUGUAUUUGAGUUCUAUAAUAGAUAUGCAAGGACAAGAGGUUUUAGUGCUCGAAAAAGCGGCAGGACUAGGAAGAGUCGUAUGAGCGUACUUAAGUUGAAAAAUUUUGUAUGUUAUUAUGAAGGAUUUAGACCACAAAAUAAUUAUGACAUUGAAAACGUUAAGAAGAAAUCCAUGCCAGAGACAAGGUGUGGCUGUAGUGCAAUGAUGGAGAUUUGUUUAGAUGCACCUAGUGGCUGUUGGUUUAUUUCUUAUUUUUCUAAUGAACACAAUCAUCCGCUUCUGGAUCCUCGGUUGAUUGGAUUGCUUCGUGGGCGUAGACUCAUGUCCGAUACUGAUAUUGGUCACAUGAUUAAAUGA